GAGAACCAACACCAACGAGCCAAUCGGUGCAAGGCGUCUCAUCACUACCUCAAUCUGCAUUGUAUAUAAGCAAGUGCAAAUCCAUGAUAUCAGCAUAUCGGCAUAACAGAGGCUAUAGGAGAACAGAGGCGCAUUACUGACUAAGUUCUUCAAAACAAGCGGUUGCACGUUGCGAAGCAUAAGUAGGUGAUGACGUAAGAUGACUGCCUUGUCAGCUGGUCAAGUCUUCGUGUUGGCUGCCUUGUGUCACGCCGGUGCUCAACCCACAGCCUCCCGAACAAGGCUUCCGAGAAACUCAGUUGACGCUGUACAUGAGGAAUCACAGCUCAUAAGCAUGGCCGUCCGAACAGCCAAGUCGUGUGUUCUUCUUCAAGACGGUUCUCCUGCAGCUGCGGACGUCCUUCAGAACUUCUUGGCCUCGCCCCACCACCUGUCCAUCCAGCUCGGGGAUAUGCUGAGCCUCCUACAGGAGACAGGAGACUUUCCUGACUUCCGGCGUGGUUUGAAUGAAGAAAGUAGCGUGGUUGUCAUGGUGUUCAGUAGCGUGAAUGUUGUGAGGAAAUUCGUUGAAGCAAAAACUGUUUCAUGGAUCACCUGCCCCCUUCUUCUCCUUAGCCUGUCGCUGGAGGAAGACUCCAGAGACAUCCUGAAGGAGGUGAACGCGGUGGCUCGGUCCUCUUUGCUGGAGCCGCAUCUUUCGCGUGGACUGCCCUCUUUCUGUCUGUUCACGUAUCACCCUUUCGCUUCGUCGGCAGAAAGUAUCAUACUCCAGGCGUGUAGUUCGAGGAUUGUGUUCAGUUGGGACAAGUUGUUUCCAGAACGAUUCGGAAAUUUCGAAAGGUAUCAGCUGCAAGUCGCCAGCUGGAUAGAUGAUUUUCCAUUUCUUUUCUACGACAGCGAAGGAACAGCCGCGGGUCUGUGCAAAAACAUGUUGGAUGAAAUCGCCGAGCAGUUAAACUUCACAUACCAGCUACAGGAAACGCCUCCUGACGGGUACUGGGGCGACCUGGUGAAUGGCACGUGGCUGGGCAUGGCGGGGCAGGUCGUGUAUGCCGAGAAAGACCUUCUAAUUAAUAGCUUCGGCAUUUUAUUAGAUCGCUACCACGCCAUGGACCUGUCUGUGCCGUACACAAUCGACUCUUUUAAGGCCACGUUGAAGAUUCCCCCGCCACCCCCUCGGUGGCUGGCAGUCGUGUACCCGUUUCAGGGCGCAGUGUGGGCAUGCGCAGUGGUCACGUUGCUCGUACUUACCUUUGCCUUUCAUAUCAUCAUCCGGAAAGAGCAUUCUUCAGUAUACGACCAUGAAUCGGACCUUAUAUCCACGGCCCUGUGGCUUUUGCGAACGGUGCUGAAACAGUCUGUGGCAAGAGUCCCUAAUGUGGUAGGAUGUCGGCCCGUCCUAUACCUGUGGUGGCUGGGCGCCCUCGUCCUCUCCACGUCCUACACCGGCAGUCUCAUUGCCUUCCUUACAGUGCCUUCAGAAGCAUCUAGGAUAACCUCUCUGGAGGAACUCGCUAAGGCGCCAAAUGAACUCUCGCUCUACGAUUACGGGGACUUCAUCGUGAACUUCCUGAAGACUUCCGAGGAGCCGAUCUACCGCGCCCUCGGAGAGAAGCUGCGUCUGUACCCUUCAUAUGACCCCAUCGCCGUGGACAUGGAACAAGGCCAUGCUUUCGUAGAGGCGGCCUUUUAUAGCAAGUACUUGGUGAUCAAAUGGCAGAUGAAGGAUGUCUAUGUGAUCGAGGAGGGCAUUUAUCCGAACUACUACGGCUGGGGCUUUCGCAAGCACACUCCUUGGAAGAAGAAUUUUGACAAGUAUAUAUCAAGGAUUCAGGAGACCGGGCUACUGGAACGCUGGCACCGCACCCUCGUCGAAGACUACCGGCGCUCUCAAGGCCUCCCGCCCGUUCAGAUCUCGCCGGAGGAGGACGCUCUUCGCCCGCUGUCACUGGAGGACACGCAAGGGUCCUUCAUUGCCGCUGCUUUGGGUCUUGGUUCGGCAACGGUGGUGUUUUUUGUGGAAAUACUGUCAGUUGUUGUGAAACGAAAAGGCACCAACUAAGACGGGGUCGUAACUGGGAUGAUUAUGUGUUGAUAAUAUUGAGAAGAUAAAUGAUAAGUUUGAUUUUGUGAUUCAUUAUCGUUGCAUCGUACGUGGAGUUGAUCAUCUUUUAGUUGUAGAGCACGGUUAUAAGUCGCUUUAUUUAUUAAUGUAGCAGUCAUCUUACAUGUCACCAAAAUAUUAUCGAAUACCAUGCACCUUCUGUUUAUCUGAAAUAAAGUUUGGCCGAAAUAUA